UAAUUUUAGAAACGACUCGUGCUUUAUAUAAGUGCAACGAAGUAUUUAUUUUUUAUUUUUAUAAAUUCUGUAUCAGCGGAAGUUAUUACAAAAUGCAUUUGGUGAAAAAGAGUGCUACUUAUUUGGUGAUCUUUCUGGUGCUACUUGCUUUCUGCACACAGGAAUCGGAGGCGACCAGACGUGUAAUGCGCGGACGUAGAACACUUACGCGUCGCUACUUUACUGGUCUCGCUAUUCCUGGCUGGCUACUCGCCGUACUCAUAGGCAUUGCCGAACUCAUACUCGGCGGUGCGCUCUACUUAGUCUUGAAUCGCAUGAUACUUGCCAAGUCCACACAGGAGACGAACACAUACACACCAGCGAAACAACAAGAAGUUUAAACGAAAGUUUUCGAAUCUAACAUUAAAUAAAAGAUAAAUGAAAUUCUGUAUGAACUAGACACAUUCAUAAAUAGGCAACUGCAAUAAAAAUAAGUCAACAAAAACAAUAAACACAAUACAAUAUACAGAGUUAUAUGGGAAACCUCACAGCCAAACUGGUGACUGAUUCAAACGACCUGAUAUGCAGUGUAUAUCAUUAACAUUAGUAAUAACAUUAUUUAUAUUUUUUGUAAUUAAUGACAAUAGCAAAUAACCAUUACCAUACCAACAAAGAAAGCUUUAACUCAAGCGCAUUCAUUUCGAUUGUUAUUUUUUUUUUAUAAAAUCAUAAUAAACGAUCUUAAACGAUCGGAA